AACAUUGUAAGAAAGAAUGACCGUCUGCGCUGCGUUUGGCUGUAAGAAUCGCCUCUCAAAAGGAUGUGGAAAGCAUUUUUUCAGAUUUCCGAUGAAAAAUCCUGAGUAUCUUGCCAAGUGGCUUGCGGUCAUUCGACGUGACAAGUGGAAGCCAUCGAUUUACAGCAGAUUAUGUAGCGACCACUUCACAGAAGAUGAUUACAUGCUGCGACCAGGGGCAUCAUAUCCUUAUCUGCGGCUGGAUGCUGUGCCUUCCAUCAUUGACGGCAUCUGUGUAAGAAAAGAACCAGUGAAGAAGCCUCCAAAAAAGUCAGAGAUUGCACCAGAGGUGGACACGGCUGUUGAGCACUCCUAUUGUGCUAAUUCUAAUAAGGAGGUGGUCCAAGCUCCAAAGGAGGUGGUCCAAACCCCAAAAGUGGAUCCUGUUCUGGUUAAUUUGAGAAGGAAGAAGAAUACUCUGCAGAAACAGGUGCUAAGGCACAGGAACAGAAUAAUCAACCUGAAGAAGCUGAUUAUACAGCAGCGAAGCAACAUGCAUGGAAAUGAUCCUGUGCAGCUCAUGUCAAAGUAUUUCAAAGGAUUAACAUUAGAUAUGUUCAGACAUAUGGUUCAAAAUGGCAAGAAAACCAAAGGAACACAUUUCUCCAAAGAGAUCAAGGGAUUUGCCGUUACUUUAUAUUACUAUUCCCCAGUAGCUUACGAACUUUGCCGACCAGUCCUUUGUUUACCGUGUAUUGAGACUUUGAGAGAAUGGAUGCCUUCAGUAGUGGACGUGUCUCAUUCUGGGGUAGUCAUUCAGACAGAGGAAGUCCUGGCAGUAGAGAAUUAAGGGAGCUGUUGCCAGUACCAAGCAAGAAGUGUUUUUAUUUUAUUUUCCUAACUUCUUCCCCUUUUACUUUUUAUACAUGCAUCCCAAGAAAACGCAGACAAGAUCCUGGGCUGUUUCUUCAAUGGAUAAAUGUGUUCUGGAAAAAAUAUAGCUGUUUUACCACGCUG